GUUCAUAUUGAAGAUUGUGGAUCAUUCGCGACAGAGCCCGGAGUUAUCUGUAAAUAUUUUCACCGAGAAAGUGGGGCAUCUUCCCGUCGUAAAAUCUCAUAGCGACUUGAUUGUCCUUCAUAAUGUCCUGGAUAACGCCAAUAUAUUUUUGUGUUGUUCGUGUGGUAGCAAUCCAUCCCCUUCAAGCUGAAGAUGUAUAUUCAUGUAAUGAGAGGGGUGAAAGUGAGAUGAGAUUGACACUGGAGGACCCAACUGCAAGAAUUCAUGCCCAUUUAUUAGGGGAAGCGUUGGUGGAAUUUUUCAAUGGUUUUCCUCCGGAUUUGCUGCAUGCCAAAAUGAAGAAAUUACUUGGAGUAGCAGAACAUGAAAAUUUGACAGAGAUAUCCACCACUGAUAAAGUGUUGUAUAGAUACAAGGGAUGUUGCUGGGAACACACGUUAUUACAUUUGUUUUACCAGGCUGAUCUAGUAUUCUAGGGGUUGGGUUUGUGUUCAUAGGAGGAGGUUGUUCUUGUAUGUUUGAUUUGGUUGUGGUACUUUUGUCAUAAGAAGUGCUUGCUUGAUGAUGAUCACAGUAAAUAGCAUAGUAGUUUCGUCUCU